GUAGUGAGAGAGAGAACCCUCUCCCUCUCUCUUUCUCGAUAUUAAUUAUAAAUAGAGACAAAGAAAGAAAGAGAGCGCUAUAAUUGAAGAAAGAAGUGGUACAAGUCUUCUUAUAUUAUAGGAUAUAAACUAUACACUUUGGCUUCUUUAGGAACAAGGUUUUCCGAAAGCUGAAGUGCCCGGAGUAGGAAGCCCAAAAGAGAGGUUACUUGGCCUGGUUUUAAGUGACAGUAAAUUAAUAUAUAAUAAAUACUAGGUAGGUAGUGAAAAAAGAUGGGGAGAGGAAAAAUAGAGAUAAAGAGGAUUGAGAACACAACAAAUCGACAAGUGACAUUCUGCAAGAGAAGAAAUGGACUGUUAAAGAAAGCUUAUGAGCUAUCAGUUCUCUGUGAUGCCGAGGUAGCCCUCAUUGUCUUCUCCAGCCGUGGUCGUCUCUAUGAGUACUCCAACAACAACUGCAUAAGAUCAACCAUAGAAAGGUACAAGAAGACGUGUUCAGAUAACACAGGUGCAACUUCUAUUACAGAAAUAAACGCCCAGUAUUACCAACAAGAAUCGGCAAAACUCAGACAACAGAUACAAAUGCUGCAGAAUUCUAACAGGCACUUGAUGGGAGAUUCCUUAAGUUCACUUUCCGUGAAAGAACUUAAACAGCUGGAGACUAGACUCGAAAGAGGAAUCACCAGAAUCAGGUCCAAGAAGCAUGAAAUGUUGCUGGCAGAUAUUGAGUACCUGCAGAAAAGGGAAAUGGACCUGGAAAAUGAAAACAUUUGUCUGCGAAGUAAGAUAUCAGAGAUUGAAAGGAUUCAUCAAGCCAACAUGGUAUCUGGGUCAGAGUUCAAUGCUAUUCAGGCAUUAGCUUCGUCACGCAAUUUCUUUAACCCUAAUCUUAUUGAGGCUGGAACUUCCUUUUCUCACCAAGACAAGAAAAUGCUCCAUCUUGGGUGAACUCGUCGAAAAGGAAACUUGUGAAAGGUAUCAGCAUUAUAUAAAAUAAAGAUAUCAAUGUCGAAUUUUGUGUGGACGGAUCUCAUCAGUUAGCUUUUGGGACUUUCUUAAUUAACUAAAAGCAAAGAAUUGGAUGCAAAUUAAUGAUCGAAUUGUGAUUGUAAUGACUUAAAUAUACUUAUAUAUAUAUAUAUAUGUAAGUCGUGUGUUAGAUCUCUCAAAGAACCUUGGGCAAUAGCCAGAGAACAUGCAUGGAUCGAACAAUUCUAUGAUCUUUAGCAUAAUCUUUUGUAUUUGGCUAAAAAUUUCUCAUUUUGAGACUAUGAUCAGAUGUGUUUUGAUGAAUCAUGUUAUCCAUGUGGUAAGAAUGGUACGAUGUACUUUGAUCAAA